AUGGCCAAAGACAUCGACAUUUCAAGUUCAGAGGCCAAAUUCUUGAUCGAUUCCUUGAAACAAGGAUUCCGUUUCGAUUCGAGAGGAUUUGAAGAAUUCAGAGAUGUGGGCAUCGAAUUUGGCAAGGACUUCGGAGACGUGACUGUGACAGUGGGUAGAACCAAAGUACAUUGCCGAAUCAGCUGUAGCAUAGCACAACCAUACGAAGAUCGGCCAUUUGAGGGACUUUUUUACAUAUCUACCGAAAGCUCGCCCAUGGCUGGUCCACAAUUUGAGAACGGCAAUAACACCGGUGAAGACGAGGUCUUGUGCUCAAGGAUUAUCGAAAAAGCUGUCAGAAGAUCGGGUGCUUUGGAUGUGGAAGGGCUGUGCAUUGUGGCAGGCAGCAAGUGUUGGGCUGUGAGAGCAGACGUACACUUUCUGAACUGUGACGGUGGAUUUAUCGAUGUUAGCUGCAUAGCUGUCAUGUGCGGGCUUCUGCAUUUCCGCAAGCCUGACGUUACGGUUGCCGGUGAGCAAAUUACCGUUCAUUCGUUAGACGAGCGAGAGCCAGUACCGCUGGGUGUUUUGCAUAUUCCAAUAUGUGUUACGUUUUCAUUCUUCAAUCCAGAAGAUGCAGAAGAGAACAUCAAGGGGGAUUUGAAUAAUGAGAUAUGCUUGAUAGACGCUACGCUCAAAGAGGAGCUACUCAGAGAUGGGACGCUGACAGUGACCCUUAACAAGAAUCGGGAAGUUGUUCAGGUGUCUAAGGCGGGCGGGCUGCCCAUGGAUGCUCUGAUGCUAAUGGACUGCUGCCACAAGGCCUACAAGAUAACAGAAACGCUGACAGAUCAGAUUACCUCCGAGCUGAAAAGAGACGCCGAUUCGAGAAACCAGUUUGCCGCGAUGCUCAGCUCCGAGAACGCUAGGGUCUCUUAG